GGACCUGUGCGUUUGUCAGCGGCUACCGUGCACAAACAUCCACAGGCCUACGACCAUGGGGAAGAUCAUCUUCUACGAGGGCUCCAACUUCCAGGGCCGCCACUGGGAGUGCAGCAGUGACUGCAUGGACACCUUCAGGCACUUCAACUGCUGCAACUCCAUCCGGGUCAGCGGCGGUCACUGGGUGGCCUACGAGAAGCCACACUACAUGGGCUACCAGUACAUCCUCGGCCCCGGCGAGUACCCCGACUACCACCACUGGAUGGGCUUCAACAACUGCAUCCGCUCGUGCCAAAUGUUCUCGCCUUACAGGGGAUCCUACAGGAUGAGGAUCUACAACAGGCCCAACAUGAUGGGACACAUGAUGGAGUUCAUGGAUGACUGCCCCAACGUGUACGAUCGUUUCCAUUUCCGUGACAUUUACUCCUGCAACAUCAUGGAGGGCUACUGGAUUUUCUAUGAGCACCCCAACUACAGGGGGCGCCAGUUUUUCCUGCGCCCCGGAGAGUAUCGGGCCUAUGGAGACUGGGGCUGCCACAACCCCAUGGUGGGCUCUUUCAGGAGGAUGAGGACUGCCAUGUAAACUCAUCACGCCUCAAAUGAACAUUAAACACGUCUUUUAAAAAAUAA